CAAUAAUUUUAGCAUUCAUCUUGCAACACGCUCUUCCCUCCAGCAUAUCAAGAUGAUGUUGUAAUGCCGACUUGCAGAUUACUUGACUGCUGAUGCUCUAUCGUGCCAUGUCUUCUAUGAGACCCCGACGCUGAGUAUUCUGACUCACCAGACCACUUUGUCUUCAAUCCCAUCAUGGACCCCCAUUCCGACCCUAAGUCUCUCAUCGUACGGGUUGGUGGGCAAUGGGCAGGUCCUGAACUGCAGCGCGAAUUCCAAAAGGAAGUGGCAGACCUCCUGCAUCGCCACAGUCGAUCCUUUCCGGGCGCCCAACCAGUAUCAUUCGCGGCAAAGCACAUUCAAGAGUUAAAAAGAGAGGACUAUUACGUCUGCGAGAAGACAGAUGGCCUCCGAUACCUCAUGUAUCUGACUCAGGACGGCGACAGGGAUAUUCACUACCUGAUCGAUCGCAAGAAUGACUAUUACUACGUGCCAGGCCUGCACUUUCCCCACCACGAAGACCCCAAGUUCAACCGCUUUCACACCAACACGAUCCUGGACGGCGAACUGGUGGAGGAUAGAUACUCCGACCGAGAACCGGUGAUCAAAUUCCUGGUCUUUGACCUUUUGGUGCUGGACAACAACAGCCUCAUGCAACGGUCGUUGGACAAGCGGCUGGCAUACUUCCAAUCUUACGUCCUCAAUCCCUAUAAAGCGAUGGUCAAGCAGAGCCCGGGGUGGAAACAGCCUUUCGUGAUCGAAGACAAGGCCACCGAGUUCAGUUAUGCCCUAGAGAAGAUGUUCCGCGAGAUCAUUCCCAAAGUGAAGCUACUGCACGGCAACGACGGGCUGAUCUUCACCUGCAAAAACACACCCUACAAGUCCGGCACGGACGAGCACAUUUUGAAAUGGAAACCCCCUUCCGACAACACCGUCGAUUUCCUUCUACACAUCCAAUGGACCAAGAUUGAGCCUGGCCCAGACGACCCAGAUCAGUCACCGCAGGACGACUACUACUCUUUUCCCACCGCGUUCGGUUUGUACAUUUACCACGGCAACGACGGUGAUUACGCCCACGUCGGUAAUCUACACGUCGAGCCCGCCGAAUGGGAAGAGUGGAAACACCUCAACCGCCCGCUACAAGAUUCCAUAGUUGAAUGCUAUCAGGAGGAUCUCAGCAAAAGCCACGAAGGACAAAAUGGCAACGGAGUAAGCAACGGAGCGACGGAUUCCCGACGCUGGCGCUUCCACCGCUUCCGCGACGACAAGACCGACGCUAAUCAUGUUACGACUUUUACGAGCGUGAUCGAAUCGAUUGAGGAUCACGUCACCGAGGAAGACCUCCUGUCCCAUGCAGAACAGAUCCGGGCGGAAUGGAAAAAGCGUGAUGCCGAAAAUAAGAAGAGAGCUGCAGCGAGAGGGUCUCACCCUGGACCAAAGUGAUCACAUAUCUCGGACCUUGAUUAUUCUUAGUGAGCGUUAUUUUGGGGCAACCUGGAAGUUGGGUUCUGGGCCAAGGCGUAAAAGGGAUACGACAGGGCAUAGCGACGAGACGGAAGGGAAGGAAUUGAAACGCAAGGGCAACA